UGAAAUUGGUGGGUUAGGGGAGUGGUUGUAAGAUUUCUUAAGCUUCAGUAUAUGUCAGACCUGUGACUGAAUUUCAUUAAGAUUACCAUGGGGAUCACUUUAACCAGCUUUGAGACCCAGUAAUGCUGUAGAGAUCUUCAAAGGAAUGCUGCUGUUCUCAUCUUCAUACAGCCAGACCAAAGGACAGAAACAGCAUCAUGUCUCUGAUAUGCCGUCGCUGGAAGAGAUGCAUCUCUAUAGGACCCGUGUGCUCCCCGUCGGGCUACCGCAAGGCGGACGAUGAGAUGUCCGGAGCCGCGUCCUCGGCGGACCUGGACGAGGCUGCCGCCCGCACCAUUCACCUGAACCAGGCGCAGCCCAGCAAGUUCCACGACAACCGCGUCAGCACAGCGAAGUACAGCGUGGUGACGUUUCUACCUCGAUUCCUGUAUGAGCAGAUUAGAAGAGCUGCUAAUGCUUUCUUCCUCUUCAUUGCCUUACUGCAGCAAAUUCCAGAUGUGUCUCCAACAGGAAGAUAUACUACCUUGGUGCCAUUGAUAUUUAUUCUAACAGUUGCUGGCAUCAAGGAGAUUAUAGAAGACUAUAAACGACACAAGGCAGACAGUACAGUAAACAAGAAGAAAACAAUAGUUUUGAGAAAUGGAAUGUGGCAGAAUAUUAUGUGGAAAGAGGUGGCAGUCGGAGACAUUGUGAAGGUUACCAAUGGGCAGCACCUUCCAGCAGACAUGAUCAUUUUAUCUUCCAGUGAACCUCAAGCCAUGUGCUAUAUUGAAACAUCAAAUCUCGAUGGAGAAACUAAUCUUAAGAUACGACAGGGGCUGUCACAAACUGCUAGCCUCCAGUCAAGAGAUGAUUUGAUGAAAGUGUCUGGGAAGAUUGAGUGUGAAGGACCCAACCGCCACCUCUAUGACUUCAUUGGAAAUUUGCGUUUAGAUGGCCAAAGUCCAGUUCCAGUUGGGCCAGAUCAGAUCUUGCUAAGAGGUGCACAGCUUAGGAACACUCAGUGGGUUCUGGGCGUAGUCGUGUAUACAGGACACGAUACAAAACUCAUGCAGAACUCAACCAAAGCACCUUUGAAGAGAUCAAAUGUGGAGAAGGUGACCAACAUGCAGAUCCUGGUGUUGUUCUGCAUCCUUCUGGUCAUGGCUCUUGUGAGUUCUGUGGGUGCCUUACUGUGGAACAGAGCGUACGGCAAAGUCAUUUGGUACCUUGGCUCAAAUGAAGCACUGUCAAUCAAUUUUGGAUACAAUCUGCUGACGUUUAUAAUCUUGUACAACAACCUCAUUCCCAUCAGUCUGCUGGUGACGCUGGAAGUAGUCAAAUUUACUCAGGCUCUUUUUAUAAACUGGGAUAUAGAUAUGUAUUAUACAGAAACAGAUACACCUGCAAUGGCCAGAACUUCAAACCUCAAUGAAGAGCUCGGCCAGGUAAAAUACCUGUUUUCUGAUAAAACAGGCACUCUAACAUGCAAUAUUAUGAACUUUAAGAAAUGUAGUAUUGCUGGAGUGACAUAUGGUCACUUUCCAGAGUUGGAAAGAGAACGUUCAUCAGAAGACUUCAGCCAGCUACCUCCUUCCACCAGUGAAUCAUGUGAAUUUGAUGACCCAAGGCUGUUGCAAAAUAUUGAAAAUGAUCAUCCCACAGCUGCUCAUAUACAGGAGUUCCUCACUUUGCUGGCUGUGUGUCACACUGUUGUUCCUGAGAGAGAAGGAAAUAAAAUAAUCUACCAGGCCUCUUCACCAGAUGAGGGGGCAUUAGUGAAAGGAGCAAAAAGACUUGGCUACAUCUUCACAGGAAGAACUCCUCGUUCAGUUAUUAUUGAUGCGCUGGGGAAAGAAGAAAGCUUUGAAAUUCUUAAUGUGCUGGAGUUUUCUAGCAACAGGAAGAGAAUGUCCGUAAUUGUUCGAACUCCAACAGGACAAAUACGUCUUUACUGCAAAGGGGCGGAUAAUGUCAUUUUUGAGAGACUUUCAAAAGAUUCCCAAUAUAUGGAGCAAACACUAUGCCAUCUUGAAUACUUUGCCACAGAAGGUUUGAGGACUCUGUGCAUUGCCUAUGCAGACUUGUCAGAAAAUUCUUAUGGAGAGUGGUUAGAUGUCUACAAUGAAACCAGUACUAUUCUGAAAGACAGAGCCCAGAAGUUGGAGGAGUGCUAUGAGAUCAUUGAAAAGGAUUUACUGCUUCUUGGAGCUACAGCCAUUGAGGACCGCCUUCAAGCAGGUGUUCCAGAAACUAUAGCAACUCUAAUAAAAGCAGAAAUCAAGAUAUGGAUCCUGACAGGGGAUAAACAAGAAACUGCUCUCAACAUAGGAUACUCUUGCAGGCUUAUUUCACAAAGCAUGUCUCUCAUCUUGGUGAAUGAAGAUUCUUUGGAUGCAACCAGGGCUGCCCUUACACAGCACUGCACAAACUUGGGAGAUUCACUAGGCAAAGAAAAUGAUAUUGCUGUGAUUAUUGAUGGCCAGACACUGAAGUAUGCUCUCUCGUUUGAGGUCAGGCAGAGUUUUCUGGACUUAGCACUGUCCUGUAAGGCAGUCAUCUGCUGCAGAGUGUCUCCUCUGCAGAAGUCUGAAAUAGUAGACAUGGUAAAGAAACAUGUAAAUGCUAUCACACUAGCCAUUGGGGAUGGUGCCAACGACGUGGGAAUGAUCCAGACUGCACACGUGGGCGUCGGGAUCAGUGGGAAUGAGGGCAUGCAGGCAACCAACUCCUCCGAUUACGCCAUAGCACAGUUUUCCUACUUGGAGAAGCUAUUAUUAGUCCAUGGAGCCUGGAGUUACAAUCGAGUGACCAAGUGUAUAUUGUAUUGCUUCUACAAGAAUGUGGUCUUGUAUAUUAUUGAGCUUUGGUUUGCAUUUGUUAACGGAUUUUCUGGACAGAUAUUAUUUGAGCGAUGGUGCAUCGGCUUGUACAACGUGAUUUUCACAGCAUUGCCACCCUUCACUCUGGGAAUCUUUGAGCGAUCAUGUACACAAGAGAGCAUGCUUAGAUUUCCCCAGCUAUACAAAAUUACUCAAAAUGCAGAUGGAUUCAACACACGGGUUUUCUGGGGUCACUGCAUCAAUGCCUUGAUACACUCCCUCAUUCUCUUCUGGUUUCCACUGAAAGUGCUGGAACAUGAUUCUGCAUUCACAAAUGGCCAAGCAAUAGACUAUUUAUUUGUUGGAAACAUUGUUUACACUUAUGUCGUCAUUACUGUUUGUUUGAAAGCUGGUUUAGAAACCACAGCAUGGACUAGAUUUAGUCACCUGGCAGUUUGGGGAAGCAUGCUGCUCUGGCUGGUGUUCUUUGGAGUAUAUUCUACCAUCUGGCCCACUUUCCCCAUCGCACCAGACAUGCUUGGGCAGGCAGGAAUGGUGUUCAGAUGUGGAUAUUUCUGGUUUGGUUUAUUGCUGGUGCCCACUGCGUGCCUUCUUAAAGAUGUGGCCUGGAGAGCGGUGAAGCAUACCUACAAUAAAACGCUGCUGGAACAGGUUCAGGAGUUGGAAACAAAGUCCAGAGAGCUGGGGAAAGCUGUGCUUCGUGACAGUAAUGGAAAGAGCGUAAAUGAACGUGAUCACUUAUUAAAAAGGCUUGGCAGGAAGACUCCUCCAAGUCUCUUCCGUGCUCAUUCUGUCCAGCAAGGCGUAUCACAUGGAUAUGCAUUUUCUCAAGAAGAACAUGGAGUUGUUUCCCAGUCGCAAGUUGUUCGAUCCUAUGACACAACUAAAAAGAGAGAUGGAAUAGAAUAACACAAGUCUUUCCCUGAUUGGUGGUGGGAAUAAUGAGAUUUGGAUCAGUGCAUCCACUGUUAACACAUCCUUGACUAAGGUUGGCAGCAGCAGCCAAAACACCGGAAAAUCAUUUCUGUGGCCUUAGCCAACAAGUUUAUGUAUUCCCCAGCAAACCUUGAGCACACAUUGUGGGGAACUCAUUGUUUGGAUUCAAUCGCAAUGCUCUGCCUAAUUUUUGUUUAUGUUGUUAUGAAGCAUUUGACUGUGCUAUGUGAGGUGUGAAAUUAAAAACAUUAUGUUUUACCACUA